AUGAGCGGCAUGUACACGCUACAGGUGACGCUAAUGUGCGCAGGUGAUUUACCAUCCGGUGAUUUUGGAUUUAUGGGCAUGGGUGGCAAAAGCGAUCCGUACGUGGUGUUUAAAUUAGGGCGUGUGAGCCAAAAGAGCUCCGUAGUGCAAAAUAGUCUCAAUCCACGCUGGACACCAGCUGAGACGUUUCAAUUUCAAGUCGAUCGACCCAAGGAAAAGUGUCUGGAAGUUCAUGUGAUGGACUAUGAUCGUUUUUUAAAGGAUGACUGUAUUGGCAAUGCUAACAUCGCUUUAGCUCCGUUUCUUGAGAAGAAUCAGUCAGAACUUGUGUCAUACGAACUUGAGGUACCACCGAACUAUGACAGACAAAAACGCAAGUCUGUUCUAUUUCUCGAGAUUAAAUUGACGUCAAAUGAACGUAUUGAUCAAGUUCUUGAGCUUUGGGAAAAUCAACGUUUUCAUAUUGUCAAAAAGUGGACAACUGAUACGCUCAUUUCAGGCUCAACCGAACGCAAGCGCUGGAGUUCCGUUACAGAUGCCAACAUUUCAUCGAAUGUCUUUGAAGAAGUUGCACCAAAGGUACCAAAACAUUUGAUAGCUGAAGGAUGGACUCUUGAUGUGUCUCAAGGCGAUGAUAAUGGAUGGAUCUACGCGCCGUCUUUUUCAGGACCGUGGCAAAAGGACCCUUUCACACUAGCUAUGGUCCGACGACGCAAGUGGAUCAACAGAUGCACAGCUCCCGAUAAUCAGUGA